AGUUGGGAGAACCCAUCCUGACCAUGAAGGGCAGCAAAGGCAUCGAGAACCCGGCUUUCGUCGCCUCCAGCCCGGACACCCCGCACCGUUUGUUUGCAUCGCCCUCUCACGUCGAAGUCUCUGACUUGGCCACCAAAUCCCAGACACAGAAUUCGAAGCCCCAGGAACCUCCGGAGCCCCAGAAGUCACGGGAGCCACCCCAGCCUUCAGAGGCUCCCCCUGCCUCCCAAGAGCUGUCCAGGCCGGAGUCGCUGCCGGAGCUUGAGGAGGGACCCUGCGGGUGUGGGAACUUACAACCGCAGAGUCUCCAGCGCUGCAACACGCCCCAGGGCUUUCUGCUGUUCUAUUGCCUUCUGGCCCUCACGCAAGGUAUUGUAGUAAAUGGCCUCGUAAAUAUUAGCAUUUCCACUAUUGAGAAGCGCUAUGAAAUGAAGAGUUCCCUGACGGGCCUGAUAUCAUCAAGCUAUGAUAUCUCCUUCUGUGUGUUGUCUUUAUUUGUGUCAUUCUUUGGUGAAAGAGGACACAAACCAAGGUGGCUUGCAUUUGCAUCCUUUAUGAUAGGACUGGGAGCACUUGUAUUUUCACUGCCAAAAUUUUUUAGUGGAAAAUACCAGUUGGGGUCCCCAUUUGAGGAUACUUGCUCAACUACAAGGAAUAGAACCAGUUGCACCUCUUCAAGUUCUUCACUUUCUAACUACUUGUAUGUGUUCAUCUUGGGACAACUAUUGCUGGGAACAGGAGGAACUCCUCUUUAUACCCUGGGAACAGCUUUUAUUGAUGAUUCUGUGCCCACACACAAAUCUUCUCUUUACAUAGGAAUUGGCUAUUCUAUGUCAAUACUAGGCCCUGCUAUUGGCUAUGUGUUGGGAGGACAGCUGCUAACCAUGUACAUUGAUGUGGGAAUGGGACAAAGCAUAGAUAUUACUGAAGAUGAUCCACGAUGGCUGGGGGCAUGGUGGAUUGGAUUUCUUCUGUGUUGGCUCUUUGCUUGGUCUUUGAUAAUUCCUUUUUUGUGCUUCCCAAAACAUUUACCAGGUACAGCAAAGAUUCAAGGUGAAAGAAUUUCCCAGACUCACCAGGAUAAGAGUAGUUCCUUAAAACACAGUGAGGAGAGUUUUGGAACAAGCUUUAAAGAUUUUCCAGCUGCUCUAAAGAGUUUGUUGAGGAAUACUGUCUUUAUGUGUUUAGUUUUUUCAACUUCUUCAGAAGCCUUAAUUACUACUGGAUUUGCUACAUUUUUACCUAAAUUUAUAGAAAAUCAAUUUGGAUUGUCUUCCAGCUUUGCAGCUACCCUUGGAGGAGCUGUUUUAAUUCCUGGAGCUGCUCUUGGUCAGAUUUUAGGUGGUGUCCUUGUUUCAAAACUCAAAAUGACAUGUAAAAACACAAUGAAGUUUGCUUUGCUCACAUCUUUAGUUGCUCUUGUGCUGAGUUUUGUAUUUGUUUAUGCCAACUGUGAAAAUGAGCCAUUUGCCGGUGUGUCUGAAUCAUAUAAUGGGACAGGAGAACUGGGAAACUUGACCGCUCCUUGUAAUGCGGAUUGUAACUGCUUUCAAUCAUAUUAUUAUCCUGUCUGUGGAGGAGAUGGAGUCCAGUAUUUCUCUCCCUGCUUUGCAGGUUGUAAAGAUUCUCUUUUAAAAAGACAGGCAAAGGAAUAUUACAAUUGUUCCUGUAUUGCAAGGAAUACAGAAAUAACCCCUACUUUGGCAAGUUUUAUUUUUGAAGCUAAAGCUGGAAAAUGUGAAAGUCGAUGUGCAAAAUUGCCCAUAUUCCUUGGCAUUUUCUUUGCUACAAUUAUCUUUACAUUUAUGGCUGGUACUCCUAUAACUGUGUCCAUUCUAAGGUGUGUUAAUCAGAAGCAACGGUCCCUAGCUUUGGGAAUACAGUUUAUGCUGCUUCGAUUAGUUGGCACAAUACCUGGACCAAUUAUAUUUGGUAUCACAAUAGACAGCACAUGUAUUCUGUGGGAUAUUAAUGAAUGUGGAACUAGAGGAGCCUGCUGGAUUUAUAAUAACAUCAAGAUGGCCCAUAUGCUAGUAGCUAUAAGUGUUACUUGUAAAAUUAUCACCAUUUUCUUCAAUGGGUGUGCAGUCUUUUUGUAUAAGCCACCACCAUUAGACCCAGAUGUAUCAUUUCAAAAUCAGAAUGCAGUUGUGACUGUUUCAGUAGAAAGUGAUCUCAGCAAUGCAGGAAAUGAAGGAUAAAAGAAAGAGACCAUUUUACAACUGGAAAAUUGGCCUUCAUUUGUAAGAAUACACAUUGCCAUUGCAGCAUUAUCCACCCAAUAUGGACAAUCAUAUUUAAAAGUUGGUAUUUUAUAAUUAAAUGUGUUAUCUGUACAUUUA